CACCUAAUUAUACUGGUCACUUGCAAUUGCUCAUUGACAUGUCGCACGGUGCAACGCGCUCCAAUUUCUUGCAGCAGCAUUCAAGGUAGGGCCUCUCAAAAGGACUUCUUCCGACGCUAUACAUACGACGGACAUGUCUAAACCAAUCAUCCUGGCGCGCCGCAGAACGGAAUCUUCUAAUGAUACCACGGUGUCAAAAUUUGUUCUUGCAGCGCAGCGCACCGUCGGCCCUUAUGUCGAAUGGGGCUUUCCGGAAAGAUUCAAUUAUGUACCACCUCCCGUUUACUUCUGUAUUCGGGCUCUCGUACUCUCCCCGGAGCAAGUGCAUCAUCUAAGUCCAUAUACACUCAGAUAUGACCCCCCUUCCUCGGACUCAGAUUUUGACAUUAUCAAAGCCCUGAUUCCUACGUACAAAGAUCCUAGAUUUACCAUUUCACGCGUCGAUCCUCGGCUCUGGGCUACACUCAUUCAACUGUAUUCAACCUCUUUGCCAAAGUCCUUUGAAAGCUACCCCAUCCCGCUCUCCGAUAUAUAUCUUCCUCUCUUGCAACAAAUUCCAUCGACGCCUGACUUCACACUGAUUACCAUUCUUGAACUUCCUGAUUGCGAAGAACUCACAGAUUCUAGCAUCUCUGAACUCAGACACUUGAGUAGUCUCUGUGCCUUGGAAGCGAGCGGGACGACAUUGACUGACUACGGAGUCAGUGCCCUCAGCAAAACGGUGGGAUGGUACGAUGGUGACAGACGUCGAGGUCCUUGGUCAUUGAGAAUCCUUCGCCUUAGAAGUUGCCGAGGCAUCACACACAAAGUAUUCCAUCACAUCAAGAGCUUUCCACUUCUCGCUGUCUUGGAUCUGCGCGGCACCGAAUGCUCCACCUCUUCUUUCAUCCAUCCGUGGUCUGUAUCUAGCGAUCCAGGCCUAUAUCACCCGACUCCUCUUCGAACUUCACUUGAGCUUCUGUCGUCCCUCGGGCUUCCUUCGUGCAAAUUUUUUCCGUCGUCUUCAGUCUUCAGUCUCUACAUCGACACUGUGGAAUAUUCUCAUCCUAAAAGGUCUAAAUCUAAGGGUGAGAGUCAUUCAAGUGCCUUGACUGGUGAAGGAAGAAGUCGAGAGACCGAUGUUGGCCCAGAGAACACGGCAAUCACGUUACUGCCCCGCAAGAAGGAUAGCAAAGACAACGUGCUCCUCGCCCAAGUGGCUCCCGAACAGUUGCCUUCUCGACGCUCUCGGAGAAGACAUCUAAGAGGAGUACCGACAGGUAUGUGCCUCAUAUCAGCAUGGAAAAUGCCCCAAAUUGAUGUGAAACAGCAAGUAAUGAGGACGUCUCGUAUCUCUAUGAUUCUGAUGUCUUCAGUCCUUUUGAUGAAGGUGCCGAGGGCUCUGAUGGAUUAUCCUAUUCGGAAAAUGAUUUCGAGACUGAUAAUCAAGAAAGUCAUCACGACGUUUACAUUUCAACACACCUUGCAGACUCAGAUCUCCGUCAUUUUUAUUCUUCAAGUUCAACGAUACCACAACAAGCAGCUUCGCAACUGUUUCCAAUAAGUGUAAAUCAAUCGCCCGCUGCCACAUCGUCGUCGGGGCUUUCACAAAUGCCGGACUGGAUGAUCAAUGUCACAUUUGCUGAGAUGGAAGAACAGAAUUCACACCAUACUGCUUUGGCGUUUUAUCUUGGUGCUCGACGUCGUAGUCCUUCUCCACAGGAGCCUGCAGGGCAUCGGGCAGAGGAGAUUUAUCCAACGCAAGAAAGGAAG